CCUAUGGAUCCGGUAUCUGCGUUUCCAUAGCAACGCAUAUUAAAUUACCUGGAGGCGUUCAGGUGGUGGACUUUAAACAGAGGUGGAGGAACGGGUGACGCAGAGCACACGGGGAAAUCUUCUUCCUGGAAAGAAGCGCAGCAACUGCAGAAAUGGCUAAAUUCUUCACACCGGUUCAAAUCAACGAGUUCAAGGAGUGCUUCUCCCUGUACGACAAGAAACAAAAGGGCAAGAUUGUUGUCAAAGACCUGAUCACCGUCAUGCGCUGCCUCGGCACAAGUCCCACGUUCGGGGAAGUUGAAAGACAUCUACAAGUUCACAAAAUCGAAAAGAGCGGCGAGCUGGACUUCUCCACCUUCCUGACGAUGAUGCACCGACAGAUGCAGCAGGAGGACCCCAAGGCCGAAAUCCUGGAGGCCCUGAGGAUGACGGACAAACAGAAGCAAGGCUUCAUCCAGGCCUCGGAGCUGCGGGCCAAGCUCACCCUGCUGGGGGAGAAACUCACAAACAAAGAAGUGGACGAGCUCUUCAAAGAGGCCAACGUCAAGUCCAACGGGCUCAUCAACUACGAAGACUUCACGCAGAUGGUGACGCUGCCGCCCGUCGAUUACUGACGCUCCACCGAACACGCGUUUAACUCACUGCUUUGCCAGAAAUAGGGAAACUGGUAGUUCUGCACUUACUCCUUGUCAUGAAUAUUCCAUCAUCAUUUAAACCUCUUUUCAAUAGUUCCCUCUAUGACUGAACACAUUGUGGUCCAAUGCUGUUCUACUGUAACGUAACCAACAACAUGAUAUGAUUUGGCAUGUUAUUCUUCAUUUAAAUCCCCCUCUAUCAAAUGUAAUGUCCCGUUUGGUAUCUUCACUCUGUACUUCAGCAACAUAUUAAACCCUUCAUUUCAAGCUGUACAAUGUU